UUAAGUCUCGCGAUUUGUUUCUUCUUCUUCCUCUCGUUCUCUCAAAUUCCUCCAAAUCAAAGCUUCGUUGAUCUUCCUUAGUGCAGCUUUCGUUUCCAAAGCAAUGGACUCAAAAUCUCUGGCUAAAUCGAAGAGAGCUCAUACUCAACACCACAGUAAGAAAUCGCAUUCGGUUCAUAAGCCGAAAGGUCCGGGAGUUUCAGAGAAGAAUCCGGAGAAGCUGCAAGGGACACAAACCAAGAGUCCGGUUCAAUCUCGACGAGUCUCUGCACUCCCGUCGAAUUGGGAUCGGUAUGAUGAUGAACUUGAUGCAGCUGAGGAUUCGUCGAUAAGCCAACCGUCGGAUGUUAUUCUGCCGAAAAGCAAAGGAGCGGAUUAUCUGCAUUUGAUAUCUGAAGCUCAAGCUGUGUCUCAUUCAAAGAUUGAGAACAAUUUAGAUUGUCUAUCUUCGUUAGACGAUCUUUUGCACGAUGAGUUUAGUCGCGUAGUUGGAUCUAUGAUCUCGGCCAGAAGGGAAGGUAUACUUUCAUGGAUGGAAGAUGACAACUUCGUUGUGGACGAAGAUGGAUCAGCUUCAUAUCAAGAGCCUGGAUUCCUCUCCUUGAAUUUGAAUGCUCUGGCAAAGACGCUAGAGAAAGUGGAUUUGCACGAGCGACUCUACAUUGAACCUGAUCUUUUGCCACUGUCCGAGCUGUGUACAUCCCAGACAAAAGUUAGCCGCAAUGAAGAACCGAGUCAUUCACACACAGCUGAGAACGGGGAUGCUGUCACAAUAAGGGUAAAUGAGCCGGUUCAACAAGAAUCCACUGAAAAGAACGACCCAGUUGUCGUACCAGGAGAAUCAUUAGUCGUGGAGGCUGAGUCUCUAGAUCUAGUCAAUGAUAUACCAAUACUCACAGACGAGUCAGGGAAAUCUUCAGCGAUUGAAACUGAUCUAGAUUUGCUCCUCAACUCCUUUAGUGAAUCACAUACUCAGCCUAACCCAGUGGCCAGUUCCUCGAGUACAUCCAAUCAGAAUCGUUCGGUCCAAAAAUCUUCAGCUUUUGAAACUGAGCUGGAUUCUCUUCUCAACUCUCAUAGUAGCGAAGAACCAUACAACAAACCAGCAAACCCAUCUGAUCAAAAGAUUCACACGACGGGUUUUAAUGAUGUGCUUGAUGAUUUGCUCGAGAGUACUUCAGUGUCGAGCAAACCAAAGCAGACCCAGACCUCAUCGUCGUCCUCGGUUGGAAAAUCCAAAGUUUUAGAUGAUUUUGAUUCUUGGUUAGACACGAUUUGAUUUAUUUGUUAACUUGCACCUUUUUGUAUUAUUUUUGUAUUACACAUAGAUGAAUGAGAAUAUUACUUUAUUA